AUGGAAUCGUACAAUAAAGGAAUGUGUCAACCGAUCAGGCUUACCGCCUUUGAUGACAGCCUGCUCCAAGUCUCGAGAAGUAGGAAAGAGGAUGGACACGCUGGAUUCGAAUUGAAAAUGGUUCGCCACGUCCCAAUGUACUUCUCACCUUCAGACACGUUAUACUUCGACGACCUGGAAACGAUGCAAAGCUUUCUUACAAGCGACGCUCGAUGUUCCAUCCCUCAGACACUUAACAAUAGUAGUAUUUUGUCGGUAGCAAUUGGCCGCUUCAGUGUGGUACGAAAUGAUUCCAAAGAACGUAUCAUUCUAAGCUCCUUCUGUGAAACUAAGCCCUGGGCUGAACCGGACAAGAGGGCCAUAGCUGCGGUAUAUCUCGCCAAGUUGUUUAACCUCGAAGAACUCAUUCUGUUGAUCGAUGGUAUGGAUGAUAUGGAUUGGAUUGAGACCUAUGAGCACGAUGGAAGGUUUACUUGGAAUCCUUGUUCCAAACGAUAUCAACUCCAUUCAGCACAGGACAGCGAGUCCGUAAAUAAUCAGCCAGCAACAAGCAUAGAGACUAUCAGCCGGGAAACCCUCACCGCGUUUAAGUCGGCGUUUGAGCUCUCGUUAUCCAAAAGCUCAGGGCCAGUCCUUGAAGCCCUGUCAAAUCAGCGACAGAAGCUUUAUGGUGUGAGUCGUCUAAGACUGCCAUUCCAGGCAUCUGCAUGGUGGAAGAAUCCAUCAGUCACUAUCAAGAAGGGUUCAGCAUAUCGGUUUCGGCAUUCCAUCCCAGCAUUUUCCAAUAACAUUGAACUCGAUGUCUUCCUAGAAAUGAAAAAUAACAAUCUUUGA